UUGGGCAUUAUUGUCCACUAAAGUUGCAUUUUGUUCUUCCAAGGUCUCUGCUUAUAGAGGAGCCUCUACUGGGCUCUCUGGUCUGCGUGAGGCGUUGACGUUCAUGAGAAUCAUCAUUCAUGGCACUGUUGGAGAAUGCCCAAAUAUGGUUGCAAGCCAAAUGUCUACUCAUCCCAGCCUCACGCUCUCUCUACAUUUGGAUCGAUAUAUCGCAUUGAAUAUGAAUACUACUGUAACGGAGGAGGCUGAAGCUUCGGCAUUCAUCGCGUGGCUAGCUACCUUCCCCCUGCAACAUCCAGCGUCGGCCCUGUCCGAUCUUAACGAUGGUACAUCGCUUUCUGAUGUACUCAAUAUCGUAGAUCCAAACUUCUUCCCAAAGCCUACUACUGCGCCUGAUUUACAAAUCGCGGAUAACUGGCCACUUCGAUUUACAGCUCUAAAGCGUCUCUUCCGGCUUAUUACACAGUACUUCAUUGACAUACUUAAACAAUCACCUUCCCAUGUCAAUGCUUUAGAAGUUCCGGAUCUACAGAAGAUGGCAAGAGAUGGCGACAGGAAGGGAACGUUGAAUCUCUGCAGGCUAUGUAUCGCCAUUGCCGUAAUGAGCGCUAGGAAUCAAGAUAUCAUUGCUGGUAUCCAAACUUUGGAAGAAGCCCAUCAACAAAGAUUAAUGGAAGCUAUUGCACUUGUGAGUCCUUUCCAACUCUCUGCCUGUUCAAGCACUCAGAUAUCCAUCAUCUAG